AUGGGGUCACUAGGAGAUCUAGACCUCGAUGCCAGUCCUGUGCAGCGGUCUAAAGAAGAAAACCAAGAACGUGCAUUCGUGGCCGCCUCUCGGCGCAAAGAUCGCAGUCUUGAUGCACGGCUCGAAUCGGCGAACCGAGCCUCUAUGCUCCACAAGAAGCGUACCGGCAAGGCUCUCCAUAUCACCAAGGAGAUUGUUGAGAAAGAAGCCAUGUACGAGGAAGUAGAUGAGCGUUAUCAAGAGAAACGUCUCACCCUCCUCAAAGCCCACACCACUCAAUUGGAAGCUCAAUUCCAUCGUCACCUCAUGGCUACUAUGGCCAUGAGCAGACAACAGCAGCAACAAGCUCGCGUCUCUCCCACAGGUGGCAUUCAAAAGAUGCGCAACCCCUCAGUGGGCUCAGCGGUUAACUAUUUUGAAAAUAACCAUAAAGUGCAAAUUCAGCCCGAGGCUCCUAUCUCACCUACUGCAAGCUCAUCUACUGCACCACGCACGACAAGCCCUGGGUUGGAUAUGUAUGCUGCUCCUUCCUCGUCAUCGUCUGACUCAUCGUCAUUCGCACAGACACCAUCUACAGGUUGUUAUGCGUCGACACCCUUGACAUGUCCUCAAUACAUUGAUACAGGCUUGAUGUCACCAUCCGUGAGCCCAAGAAACAGCACGUAUCAGCAGCAGUGCAUGAAUCCGAUGCAAUCUUUGCAUAUGAGGUCUACCUCUAUGGCCCAAGGCGCCACUCCAGGUACAGUUCCCUAUACCCGACAGCGGUUCGCCUCCUAUCCAGAUGUAUUCGCACUUCAAGCACCACAAAUGGUUACACCAAUCCAGACUAUUGCAAAUAUCAACUUCCGAGCAAGCUCUGAGCCAUCUAGCGAACUUUCAGCCACUCCAGCACCAAUUGGUCCCGUCAUGACGACCAUGCAGGAAAAAAAUGGUCUUUUACCCAGCCCUGCUCUAUCACCACCAUCACUGACUACCGAUUCUUCACAAAAGAAUAGCUGUAGCGACAACACACAGUUCUCAUCACAAGUUUCACCACCCGUGCAGGUCCAAUUCAAUGAUGCAGAUCUAUUCAAGCAACAGCCGUUGCUGGGAGCACCGGAAAACCCAGAUCCGGACUACAAUGAAUUCCUGAACUUUGCAACUAACAUGGAAGACCAAUGGCAAUAUCCCAUGGUCAACGCUCCCUUCGAGGACUUUAUGAACCUGGAGACUCUGGACUGUGAUAUGUCUCAUUCUGGACUGUACAGGUAG